AUGGAUCAAUUCGAAAAAUUGCGGCCAAUUGGUCGCCUAGAGCAAUACUCUACUGCCCGGCAUCAGAUUGGAUUUUACCUGAAUGUCAUAGUAGCUGCAACAUAUGAGCUACCGGAGACAUUCACGCUCCCUCUGGAAGAUUACGUCUACCGGGCAUGUGCGGCCGUUAUUGCGGAGCAUCCGGUGUUGUCGGCUAUUCCGGCGGCCGAUGAUACUCAGGAACCGUAUUUUGUGCGAUUACCUCGGGUUGAAUUGGAUCAGGUCGUCUCCUUCCAUCAGCGUCAGACUACCUCAUUUGUGAAUGAGGAUGAACCGGCCCCAGACCAAGAUCUACAGAGCUUGCUUGAGGAACAGCAUAACUCGGGGUUCACGGCACCGAAUGCCUUUUGGAGGUUAUGCAUCUUGCCAAACGGCGAGAAUCAGAAUCACUUCACUGCUAUCUACGUAUUCCAUCACGCUCUGGGCGAUGGAGGUUCGGGGAAAGCUUUCCACCGUUCCUUCCUUCGAGCACUGAGCACAGCUGAAAAGCGUGAAACCAAAUCCUUAGUCGAGUCACCAAAGACGCCCCUUCUGCCUAAUAUUGAAGCCCUUCACCCAAUGCCUUUGUCAUUUUUCUUCCUCGCUAAGAAGCUUUUUGAAGCAAAGGUCUAUUCGCGCAGAGACCCGGGGCUAUGGACUGCGGGUCAGAUCCAAGAGCCCACGAAAACCUGCGUUCGGCUGCUCCCAUUCUCCAAAUCAGUCGUCACUUCUCUACGAGACCUCUGUCGGCAAGAGGACACGACCAUCACAGCUGUCCUGCAGACGGCUGUUGCGAGAUCCGUUUUUGCCCACAUACCUAUCGGUUACUCAAGUGUCGCCUGCACAGGCGCCCUCUCGUGUCGCCGCUGGCUUCCUAAUGAGAUUACAGAAGACGUAAUGGGCGUAUACGUCCAAGACUUUGAGGAGACAUACACGCGCAGUACUACAUCUCUCGGCGCUUUCCCAUGGGACGAAGCACGAAGAUCAAGACAGACGAUUGAAGCAGCACUCAAACGCCAAGGCAAAGAUGCAGGACCCAAUCUCCUUAAAUACGUGAACGAUUACCAGCAGGAGCUCUGUCUGUCCAGGCUCGGCCAGAACCGUGAUAAGACUUUCGAGGUCUCUAAUAUUGGUGUUGUGCGCUCUGAGUCGAGUCCUGAGAAGCCGAGUAUCAAAGGGAUGGUUUUCUCCCAGUGCGCUAGUGUCAUUGGAAAUGCGCUGCAGUUCUCGGUUAUUACCGGUGGUGACGGGUGCUGCGUGGUUUCUGUGUCAUGGCAGGAGGGUGUUGUUGAGAAAUCUUUGGCUGAAGCGGUCAUUGCUUCUCUAAGAGAUGAACUGCAUCUUCUUGCUGGGCGCCAGAAUUCCACUUAUAUAAUAUCUCGUUCUAGGGAGCUGCACAUACGCAUCUAG